ACUGGCGGUGCGUUAUCUUUUUGAAACGUCCUCCUUGGAAAUGCGUGAAGUAAAACUCGACAAAUUUCAGGCUCCACAAAAGAAUAAUCCAUCUUACUUACCGUGGGCAAUGCGUGGGAUAUUAGAAGACCGGGGCAUCACCGGAAGCCAAAAACUUUUGCACGAGAUCAAAAUAUUAAGGAAGCAGUACAAAGAAUGGGAACCCACGACGAAGAUAAUGAAGGACAUCAAGCACCGCCUAGAACCAUUCCGAGACAUUAUUCUCGAGAGGGCAAAACUAUGA